AUGACUAAUAUCCACAUUGCGUCUGCUACUGCACCAGUAAACAUUGCCACAUUAAAAUAUUGGGGUAAAAGAGACAAAGUUUUGAAUCUACCAACCAACUCUUCUAUAUCUGUUACUCUAUCUCAAACUGAUUUAAGAACUUUAACCUCAGCUGCUACUUCUCCAACUUUCACUAGUAAUAAAUUAUGGUUAAAUGGCGAGGAACAUCCCUUUAACGAUGCAAGAAGUGUCCAAGUUUUAACGCAUUUAAAGGAAUUGAGAAAAAAACUAGAAUUGGAAAACCCUGCUUUACCCAAAUUCAGUGAAUGGUAUUUACAUAUUGUCAGUGAAAAUAAUUUCCCAACUGCUGCUGGUCUAGCCUCUAGUGCAGCUGGAUUAGCCGCAUUGGUAGUUUCUAUUGCCAAAUUAUACCAGUUACCUCAAUCAUAUAGCGAAUUGAGUGUUAUUGCCAGAAUGGGUUCUGGAUCUGCUUGCAGGUCCCUAUUUGGCGGGUAUGUUGCAUGGGAAAUGGGUCAAUUGCAAGAUGGCUCAGAUUCUAAAGCUGUUGAGAUUGCACCAAUGGAGCAUUGGCCACAAAUGAAGGCCUUAAUUUUGGUUGUUAGUGCAGACAAGAAGGACACUCCUUCAACUUCAGGUAUGCAAUUGACUGUUCAAACCAGCGAGUUAUUCAAACAAAGAGUUGAUGUCGUUGUUCCAAAAAGAUUUAAAGAAAUGACUCAAAGUAUCCUGGAUAAAAAUUUUGCCAAAUUUGCUGAAUUGACUAUGAAGGAUUCGAAUUCCUUCCAUGCAACCUGUCUAGAUUCUUUUCCUCCCAUUUUUUAUAUGAAUGAUACUUCAAAAAAAAUUAUAAAGUUGUGUCAUCAUAUUAACACCUAUUAUAAUGAGACUAUAGUGGCUUAUACUUUCGAUGCUGGUCCAAAUGCAGUCUUAUAUUAUCUUCAAAAAAAUGAAACCAAACUUUUUAAUAUCAUUUAUAAAUUAUUUGAAAAAUUACCUGGCUGGAAAUCAGAUCGUGCCAAUUACAAACAAUUUCUUGAUCAAUAUACCAAAUUGGAUAAAUCUGUUUUGAACAUUUUAGAUAAUUUUAAUGAUAUUUACAAAGGUUGUUCAAGAGUUAUUGACACUCAAGUCGGUCCUGGUCCCCAAUCUACAAAUGAAUGCUUAAUUAACAAAGAAAACGGUUUACCAAAGUGA